ACUACGUAAAACCUGUUUUAGAUGAAAGAGGUGUGGAAAUAUACCAUAUUUUUAUGUUUCAGAUAAAAACGAUUAUUAGGUUUAAAAAAAAUAGCACAUUUGAUUACAAAUGCAAAUGUUAACUGCAUAUCAGUUACAAUUGACUGGUCGAAACGUGGUGUUGUAACGUCCUAUUAUGGGAACGCACUCCAAGCCAGGAAACCCCCGUGAGCGUCCUAGCAGUAUCAAAAAUGGAUAAUAGAACUUGGUAAAUUGUAUGACACUAAUGUCGUCUUCUAUUCUAACUUAUAAAUCAAUAGCGACUUUCUGAAUCUCAAACUCGCCGACUCCACCAUCAUCAUCAACCUCGUCGAGACAUCAUGUCAGUCCGUUUAACAGGGGAGGAGGUUCUCAGAUGGGUCAUGAGGACCUGCGUUCAGAGGUUGCCUAGUCAACACCGGCCCCCUCAGAUGCAUAGGAGCCUGUUGAGAGAGUUUGACACAGGACUGACACCCAUCUGGAGGACAGCCGGCUCGUUUCAGGGCCGACUGGCUGGACAGCAUGUCAACACAGUCAGGUAUUACUGUCAAAGCAAAACACAAGACUUGAAGGCAAUGGAAGCUGAAGAGCACAACUCCAUCCAACCAGUGCAAUCACCAGUCAUCCAGGCCAAGCGGGUUCCUUUCUCCGACAAGUUGAAGGAGUGUGGCUCCCCCACAGACGUCCUAGACCUGGUCUCCCUGUACACAGCCACCUCCAGGAGGGUCAGCAACUGCCUCACCCGCAUCUGGUGCAUCAACAAGACCAUGACGGAGGAACAGCAGCGGGUGGAGCUCAGGCUCAUGUUCGAGCAUGCGGGCUUUGAGGAGCUGCUCAAUACGAUCAUGCUGGAGGCCGGACGCAUGCGGAGCCUCGACCUGGCCUACAGCCUGCUGGCGAUGGUGAAGCUAGGCGUGUCGCCAAGCAGCCGAGUGGUCCAGACCCUCCUCCGCGUCUCUCAGGAGCGCCUGAAUGACUUUGACAAGAAGUCCCUGUCUGUGCUGGCCUCUGGUCUGGAGCCCAUGAAGAGCAGCCCCAAUGUUGAUGCCCUGAAAGAGGGCAUGAGGUUGAUCAUCGAGUCUCGCCUGCCAGGCAUCCAGAGUGUCAUGGCCCUGCAGACUUUGAUGCGCCACAUGGGAAAAGAUGCCCCCCCGCCGUUCAAGAGGAAACUCGAGAUGAAAGCCUUGUCCAUGACAGAACAGUUCAGCCUCCCGAACUGUCAGUACAUGAUCUCCACUCUGGCCACCAUGGGCUUCUGUUCCAAGCCUCUGCUGGAUGUCUGCUGUACAAAGAUAGCAGAUAAUGUACAUGGGGUCCCCUUCGUCAGACUGUUGACGGUGUUAAGAUCGUGCAGGGAUCUACACUACAGAAACAUGACCCUGUUCACUGCCAUCUCGGAGUACGUGGUCUCCACCCUAGACAUGUGGAGCAAUAAACAGGUGAUUCUGUUCCUGUCGGUCUUCGAGGACCUGGGCUUCUGUGCCACACCCCUGAUGGACGCCUUCCUCGAGAGAGUUCUCCAGAACCCCCAAGUCCUCUCGUUAAAAGACGUUCUCGUCGUCCUAAAGAUCUUCUCCGCCCUCAACCACGACCUGCGGGAGCACAGGCAGGGGUUUGUUGAGAGCAUGACCCACGUUCUGCAGACUUACUUGCCUAAGAUGUCCUCCCCUGACCUGCUGAGGGCCGUAGUCAGCCUGUGCAUGCUGGGCCACUUCCCCCCGGCUCCUCUCCAACAGCUGCUGCAAGGCCAAACCCUGGAUGAGCUCAGGGCUGCGGGAGGCCAUGCCCGUGUGAGGUCAGGGAGAAGGCUGCAGAUAGUGGACCUCUGUCUGAGGCUGGACCAGCCUCCUCUUCCUCAGGAACUGACCGUUCCUUCCUCUGCACUGGGCUCCAUGUCCCCCACGGAGCCCACUGUCAACUCAGGCUUGGUGACUACGCUUCGCAGCGUUGUGGGAGACACGGGGAUUGUACAGGAAGGCGUGCUCGUCGAACAAUUCUACUUUAUAGAUUGUUUAAUAUCAUGUCCCCUGCAGGAGACAGAGGGAACUACACUGUCUGAAGGUGAAGCUCCCCAACAGGAACACAGCCAAAGGUCAAGAAUCGCAGUGAUUAGCACACCCCUCUCAUCUGUAUGCUAUGGGACAUCCCAUCCGCGGGGAAUGUUGGCUAUGAAGCUACGCCAUUUGAAGAUCCUAGGAUACUCUCCUGUCAUGGUAAUGGAGAAUGAGCUCCGGAGUCUACCAGAGGAAGAGAGAGCUGCGGUCCUCCGGGCACAGAUCUUUCCAGAACACCAGCGACCGCCGGUAGAACAGAAGGAAGAGUGACGGUGCAUGAAAACGCCUCUAGCCCAGAUGUCCUAACUAAGAAGUCUGAAACUCUUGUUGUCAGACACGUUGACUGUGGUUUAUUGCACAGGAACCACAGUUAUUCUGUUUUUACCAGGUAAAAACUUGUAUAAAAAUAAUAUAUGCUGUAAGAGUGGGACUUAUUUGUUCUGUAAACAGUGUUUGAUACGUAGAACUGAGGAAUCGCUGUUCAGAUGUCAGAUGGAGUGUUACUGUGCAUGUUGCCUGCUGCUGUUCAUAAACCAAACCUCAUUCAGACUUGGGCGUAACCUUUCAAAGGUUGAUCUGAAAAAGGAUCAUUGUCUUGGGGUGCGAAAAAUAAAACAACCACUAUGUUUAUGAAGCUGUCUGUA